AUGGAGCUGAACCAGACAUCCCCACCUCUCGCAUCGCCCGUGCCGAUCACCGAUGGAGAAGACACGUGCAGGAUAGAGGUCACUGAAAUGGCCAUAGAUGGUGUCACGCUGUUCACCUGCCUCUGCGGGCUGGUGGGGAACGGGGCCAUUCUCUGGCCCCUCGGCUUCCGCAUCCGCAGGAACCCCAUCACCGUCUACGUCCUCAACCUGGCCGUCGCUGACUUCACUUUCCUCCUCUUCGUGGUCACCUGGACCCUCCUCUACCUGAUACAGAACGUCUCUUGCUUCAUUGUUGUGCCUCUGAUGUACCUGAGACCGUUUUUCCUGCUCUCGCUGUUCUCCUACAACAUGGGCCUGUACCUCCUGACGGCCAUCAGCAUCGAGAGGUGUGUGUCCAUCCUCUGCUCCAGCAUCCGCCGCCCCCAGUGCUUGUCAGCCGUGGUGUGUGCCCUGCUCUGGACCCUCUCCAUCACUGUCAUUGCUGCAGUCACUUCUCUGUGCCUGUUGCAUGAGAAUGAGCACUGCCAGAUGGCUCUCAUCUCCAUGUACAUCCUCAACAUCCUCAUCUUUACCCCAUCCAUGGUCAUUUCCAGCACAAUCCUCUUCAUUAAGGUCCUGUGUGGCUCUCAGCAGCACCAACCCAAGAGGCUCUACAUCGUAAUCUUCCUCACCGUCCUCUUCUUUCUCAUCUUUGGGGCUCCCCUCAGCAUCUGGAAUUUCCUGCAGCAGUUCGGCUACAUCCUCGCGCCCUCCCAGGUGGUUUUCCUGCUCGCCUGCGUCAACAGCAGCAUCAACCCCUUCAUCUACUUCUUGGUGGGGAGCUGCCGGAGGCACUGCUCCUUGGUGUCCCUCCAGGUCGCCCUCCGGAGGGUCUUUGCGGAGCUGGAGGACACCACCGCAUGCAGCAAUGAUACUACGAUGGACACGCUGGCCCCAGCCUGUUGA